CGUUUAAUUGUAAAUACAAAUCAAAGAUCAAAUAAGUAAUGAAACUCUCGACUCUCUUAUUUUCGAUAUAGUAUCAUCUAAUUCUACAUAGUAACAACAGUUCGAUCGAGUGUUCACUUUCACUUCCAUUUGAACCAGAAGGUAAGAUAGUAAGAAUUAAUGAUACUAGCAAGGUGGACACCUAGUAAAAACUAUUUUAUUCAAUUUCACAAAACGAAAAAUGUUCAAAUUGGCAAGUAGAUAUUUACCUGGGAGAGUUAUACAAGGUGUAAGCGCUGUUUACUUCAAAGGUUUAUCGUUCUACAACAACGGUUUGAGAAAUUCACACAGUUCAAGCGCCGAACAUAAAUUUGAAGGUAUGGGUGUCACAGUUUUACCAGCUCUAUCUGACAACUAUAUGUAUUUGAUCGUCGAUGAAAACACCAGGCAAGCUGCAGUAGUUGACCCAGUGGAACCACAAAAGGUUUUAGAUGCGGUUGCAAGACAAAAUGUUAACCUGACAAAAAUUUUGACAACUCACCAUCAUUGGGAUCAUGCUGGUGGAAAUCAAGAACUUGUGAAGAGAUCCAGAAACACUCUUCAGGUGUUUGGUGGUGACGACAGAAUUGGAGCUCUAACUAACAAAGUACAGGAUGGAGAUUGCUUCAACAUUGGUGAUACAACAGUGGAAUGUAUUUACACACCUUGUCACACUAGCGGACACAUUUGUUACCUUGUUAAAACUCCUUGUCAGGAUCCUGUAGUUUUCACUGGGGACACUCUAUUCAUUGCAGGCUGUGGCAGAUUCUUCGAAGGCACAGCUGAGCAAAUGUGCGUUUCUUUACUGGAAAAACUAGGAAAACUGCCGGGUAACACUAAAAUCUUUUGCGGUCAUGAAUACACUUUACAAAAUUUGAAGUUUGCUAACCAUGUAGAGCCUAACAACCAAGAAAUAAUCAAGAAAAUAGAAUGGGCCUGCAAUAAAAGAGAACGUGGUGAACCAACUGUACCCUCAACAAUCUAUGAAGAAAAACUGAUAAAUCCCUUCAUGAGAGUAGGAGAGAGGACGGUACAGCAUCACGCUUCCUGCUACGACCUUGUGGAGACUAUGAGGACUAUUCGAAGAGAAAAAGAUAAUUUUAAAUGAAUGAAGUUAUCCAUCUCAAAUUGUUAUUUUUUGUAUAGAAAUCUUGAAAAUAAAUUAAUUUUAGUUGAUCA